AUAUUCGGCUUCUCGAGUCUAGACAUUCUUCAGUAGACUGGAGAGAAUGUUCGGUUUGAAUUCAUGUGUAAUGCCGCGAGAAGAACAAAGACAAGUGAAACAGGAGGCGAGACCGAGGGAUGGGCGUGCCGGGAAGUUCGGGAGAUGGCCGAAUGUCUGUUUCCAGCAUCGGCAACCUUGAAUGUAUGUUUGCGGAUGGAAGUCGGGGGGAAGCCGGGCGGGAGCAUCAUCGGAGCGUCCUCUCUCACCGCCUGCCGUUUCCACCCAAUCCCCGCCAUAAGUCGGAUUCCCGCCAUUUCCCGGUCCUUUUCCUUUCCCUUCCCCAUGAAAUCCACCAAAUCCACCAAAUCAACACAAACAAUACCUUACUCCAUACUCCAUCUUCGCCAAGCUUGUUUCACCCCGUGUUCAUCCCUUUUCCUUUGGUUAUCAAUUUACGGUCCUCGAUUGUUGGGAUCGAGUCUCCAACUACCUGGAAAAGAGGUUUUCCACUUCUUGACCCCGCUCCGUCAUAUGAUCACGGUCCAGACGGUGAUGUGUCCUGAUAUCAAUUCUCUGCCUGCCUCCCCAUCGCCUCAUACCCGUACUUCCUCUUCCCCGCAUCGUCAACGGGCUGUGAACGACCCCUUGCAUCUGCAAAAUUCUCCGUCGGGUUUCUCCUUUCUCAGUCUGGCCACCAUGAAUAACAAUCCCAACAGCCACUUGGGCGAUCCCAACCAUGCCGUUGCCACUGAGCUGCCUCAUCGGCCUGCUCCGAUUUCCAGUACUCGUUCGGGAAUCUCAGGUCCGGAACGACGCCGGUCCACCGCCGGGUCCAACUCAAUUCUGAACAGCAACAACAACAGCAAUGGCAAUGGCAACGCUAGUGAGUCGGUGUCUGGUGAAUCCCCGCUUGCCCCUCCCGACCACCGCUCCUCAUUGAGCCACAAUGCACUGCGCACCUCUAGUUUCUCCAGUCUCGGAGGCAGUCCAAUCAUCGCCUUGGGGGACCCGCAUCACCAGCGCGCCCCCUCGUUGGGGGAACUCCAUCAGGAACUAGAACAGGAGCAGGAAGCACAGGUGAAUCGACUGCUGCAGAUGAUCCGCAGCCAGCAGACUCAAUUGCACCAACUCCAGCAACAGCACCAGCUGUCGCACCCAUCGUCCGGCACGGCAGUGGUCGACGACGCUGCCGUCCCCUUUCCCCCGGUUCCUCCGCACCCCGCCUCCGGUAGUCGGGCAGCGACCCAAUUAGCGUCCUCUCUAUCGAGUCGGCGCCCCUCCCGGCCCUCUAGUCAAGCCGGUUCACCCAGCCUGCGUCCCCGCGCUGAUUCGUCACGCGGCCCGGAGGGGCUGGAGUGGGUUGGGGGCCUCGGGGAGAGUCCUGUCCGGCGGGGAAGCAGGGAUGAAAGUGCCUUUUACCAGGCUGAGGCGGCUAUGCUGACCCGGGAGAAUCAGAUGCUGCGACAGCGUAUUCGCGAGUUGGGUAAGUGCUCAUCCGUCAAGGGUCAAAGCAUGGAGCGGAGAAGUGUCACUCCAGUCAACAUGCCUUCAUCUGCAAAUGACCAAAUUCUAAUCCUCGACGUACAGAACGCCAAGUCAACGAACUCACUGUUGAUGCCCAACCGCUUGAACGUUCUGCACUCUCGCACAGCCAGGAAACCGACAAUGCCGGUCUUCAGGAGCUGGCGGGACGAGGAUCGAGAAGCGACUUGUCCGACAAGACAUAACUGACUUUAGACCACAUGGGAACACCAUCUGUCUCCUUCCCCUUCUAGCAUAAAGUUUGAGGAUGACUCCAGAUCGGCGGUGAUCGGCACAUUCUUCUGGUCUAUACCCGGCGGCUCUGAUAACGACGAAUACCCGAUUACCCAGCCAUUGCUGCGGGGCAGAAGAUGUAGUAUAAAUUGUUUGUUCACCCGACCCGAUUGUUCAGCACAUAUCCCCCUUCCCUCUCUACCGACCCGCCAACUGUUGACUUCUUUUCUUUCUUCAUGUACUGUACAUAAGUACACCUAAUGACCUAAUGUACACAGCGAACCCGGCGUUGAUGUUAUUUCAGCCAGUCACUGGCCUGUGGGUUUGUUAUUGAGUUUUGAAAGACCUAGACCUGGCCUUCGCUUCUCUUCUUCAAAUCAAAUCCUUCCCAUGUCAAAC